GCCGAACUAUAGCAGUACAACUGCAUUGCUGAAGUUCUACCAACAAAUCCCUGAUGGUCUCUUGCUUACUGUUGGACUUUGACAGACCUAAUCUGCAGAGAUAAUUAAAGUUCCUUUGCUUCAAAUGCUCUAAAAAGCUUGAUAAUGGCCCCACUACCGAAUGCUGAAUUAGUUCAGAACUCUUUGCAGUUAUAUCGUUACCUGCUUCGAUGCUGUAAGCAACUUCCUGAAGAGAAUAUUCGUCAGCAUUACAGACAUGCAGUCAGGCAGAGUUUCAAAGUUCAUGCUGAUGAAGACAAUCCUGAGCGAAUCCAGCAGAUUAUUAAGAGAGCCAUUGAAGAUGCUGACUGGGUCAUGAAUAAAUAUAAAAAACAGAAGCAGAAGAGGAAUGAAGAAGACAAGAAUGUCAUUGGUAAACAUCCUUAGAAGAUGUGUAGUCAAGCCCAGUACUAUAUUAUAGUUAUUGCCUGGAGUUUUUCUUAGAUAAUACAAAUACAAUAAUUUAUAUCUCAUUGGGAUGUCAUGAAGCUAAAUUAAUAUUUCAAAAGCUAUUUGAGUCUGUAGAUUAAAAGGCGUAGUCUAGGUUCUAAGUAUUAGCUUGUAUAAUCACAAACUUUAGCUUGAAGCCCAAACUUGUCUUAGAUUUGAGUUAACACAGAGAGCUUCUCAGGAAAACUUACUGAGAAUAAAAAUGUAAUGGAGUACGAGUCAUUAACAAAUAAUAAAUAGUGUCUCGUUCAUAUCUGAUUAAUUACAGCAUCUCAUCUGAAAACUUAACUAGUAUCUGAGCAUAAAGGUCUAUACUGGGAGCCUGCAAACCUGACAAAUGCUCAUUGAGGAUCAGAGCAAAAGUCUCUUUACUUGAUUGUGAACUAUACUGUUAGGCCUAGAUACACCUUAGCAUAGCAGUGUUUGAUACACUUAUUGCGUAGGUUAUUUGGUGUCAAGGUUCUUCUGCAUAAGUAACAGUGGAUUUAAGUUUGUGUAACGUUCUGAAUUAAGGCAGUCAGUCUGUUAAUGUCAGAUCAUCCUCUGUGAGGACCAUAGAUAUGUUUUCACAGUGGUGCAGAGAUGUGACCAGAGCACAGGUCUGGUUUUAAUCUAGUGGCAGACACAAAAACAUAGGUUACUGGGUGGAGAAUGUACCCACAAGAACUUUAAGCCCAUCUGAAACUUGACCCACAGUAUUUUCCACUUGCCUGUCCGUGCUACAGGCAUAUCUUCAUUUGACUCUGUAGGUUUGCACUUGAACUCAUGGUUGUCUUUUCUUAAUUAAAGAUAGGUGCCUGUCACCCUAAUCUCUAAACUCUCAUGAAAACAGACACCAUUCAGACGGGUUUUGUGUACUGAAUGGUAAAAUCAUUGCAAUGUUGUACAGAUAUAAAGGCCUUCACAACUUUUUGCAACAUAUAAUAAA